AUGGAGUUGAUCAUGUCCCGUGCGAAAGGUCCGGUGUACGCCACUAAGGCCGCUGCUUACGACGAGGAAGAGCGCGACGAACCCCAGGUGAACGACGAGCUGGUAGCUAAGGCGGGUGCUCAGAAGGCGAUCGUGGAAACAUAUCGCCAGGAGAACGAGCGUAGGUCGGCUGGACUGAAGGACUUCCUCCCCAAUCCCUGCAGCAAGGGGCAGUUCGCGUGUUCCGGGGAUCAUGCAGCUCUCGCCAGGCAGGCACGGGUGGUGCAGCGUUCGAUCAACGCCACCCAAGUUAAGCGCGAUGGAGAGUGCAUAGGCAUCGGGAAGCUGUGCAUCGUCGGAUGGGCCGACAUUUCUGACGAGGAGCUCGAGGGGGAUGAGCUUGGUGACCUGUCCCCUGAUGAUGUUGUCCCCACCAGUGCUCAUCGCAGGGUUCAUGAUGAGAACCAGGUGCAGGAAGAACUGUAUUAG